CAUAGAAAGGAAUAGAAGAAAGAAGACAUAGACAACAACUGACUCAGAAACUUGUUUCAUUUUCCUUGCAACAAUGGCGUCCCUGCAGAAUGCUCCUACACUCCACCAAACCCUCUUUCACAACUCUUUUCCCCAGAAGCAUGGUACUUUUCGUUCAUCUAGAAAAGAAGGCUUUUCGUUCAUUAUCAAAGCUGCCCAAGAACCUUCAGCUUCUUCAACUGGGUUGCUUUCUCAAGAUAGACCAGGAAGGCGCCAAUUGAUUGCGAUCGGAGCUACUGCCCCAUUAGUUUUUCUGAUCAACCAACACUCCUACUCUUUUGCUGCAGAAAAUAAGAAAGGAUUUUUGUCAGUUUUGGACAAGAAAGAUGGGUAUUCAUUUCUCUACCCUUUCGGGUGGCAGGAAGUAGUGAUUGAAGGUCAAGAUAAGGUGUUCAAGGAUGUCAUUGAACCACUGGAAAGUGUCAGCGUAAAUCUGAUCCCAACUAGUAAACAGGAUAUUAGAGAAUUUGGGUCCGCUGAACAGGUUGGGGAAACUCUAAUAGAAAAGGUUUUGGCCUCUCCAACCCAGAAAACAAAGAUAAUUGAGGCAAAAGAGGAAGAUAUUGAUGGAAAAGCAUAUUAUCGAUUUGAGUUCAUUGCUAAGGCUCCAAACUAUACUCGUCAUGCUCUCACCACAGUCUCCAUUGGCAAUGGAAGAUUUUACACGUUAACGACAGGAGCAAAUGAGAGAAGGUGGGGGAAGAUGAAAGACAGACUGCAGACAGUGAUAGAAUCCUUCAAGAUUUUCAAUGUUUGAUGAUAACAUCAUUCAUUAUUAUUAUUAUUAUUAUUAUUAUUUUCAUUAGUAGAGAAAAUAAACUCAUCGUAAGAGAGAAUGUUCAUUUUUUGAGCCUUAAGGUCCAAAGUUUAAUUAAUUAGUCUCUUGUUUCAUUAUAACUUUCGUUCCCCCCAAUUGUUUAUCCUCAUUCCUCAGGCAAGCUGUUUCUUUCAUUUUUAAAG